AUGAAGAUCCUCGAGUCGCAAAGCGCCAUCCUGACAAAUUUCGAGGUCUAUCAACACCUCCUCGGCGAACAGCAAAAGGCCAGGCAGCCUGAGAGGAAGAGGCAAGUCCCCAGGAAUCUCCAAACAGUCAUUAAAGAGGUCAUUGACCAACUGCGGACACAACCGGAUCCUCUCAGCCAAAAGCCCAUCACAUAUGAUGCCAGCAGCAUUGGUCGGCUGGUCGACAAGCUGCGCGACUAUGAUCUAACCAAGGGCGAGACCAUCAUGAUCAUCAACCUGCGUCCCGACAACCCCGCCGUCUUAGCUGCGUGUGUCGAGGAUGCUGAGUCACGCUUUGACGAGGACAAGCAGCAGGCGAUACUCGCCAUCAUCGAGGAGGUUCUUGGGCCAUUGCCGGUCAAGGAAGCUGAGGCCUGA